UCUGUCAAGCGCUUCAUUCACAGCACAGAACAGUCCUUGGUGGUACAAUCACUGCUGGACGUCCUGACCGCAGAACACUAGGAAGAAGCGUCAAAAUGGUGAAGAUAUCUUUUCAGCAAGUAACUGUACAGAAGCCGGAAAAGGAGAACGAUGAAGACAAAGAGGAAAUUCACAUGCCCUACUCUCACCAGGAUGAGUUGGUGCUUCCAGUAAGAUCCAAGAAGUCUCCCUUUAGUGGCCUUUGGUGCGUGGUCCUCGGCUUGGUGAUCUUCCUGUCAGGCGUGAUCAUGGCGUCUGUAUGCCUGUACCGAUACUACUUCAGCCCCCAGAUCCCAGAGGACAGUUUGUUCCACUGUCGGGUGAUUUACGAGGACCCCCUGUUCGCCCCGCUACUCGGGCGGCAGGAGCUAGAAGAGAACGUCGGCAUCUACCUGGAAGACAACUACGAGCAAAUCAGCGUCCCUGUGCCUGAUUUUGGAAGCAGUGACCCGGCUGAUAUCAUUCACGACUUUCACAGGGGACUCACAGCAUACUACGACAUUGCGUUGGAUAAGUGCUACGUUAUUGAGCUCAACACGACAAUCGUCAUGCCGCCCAGGAACCUGUGGGAGCUGCUUGUCAAUGUCAAGCGGGGGACGUAUUUGCCCCAGACCUACAUCAUUCAGGAAGAGAUGGUGGUGACGGGCCGCGUUAGGAACAUGCGUCAGCUGGGACCCUUCAUCCACCGGCUCUGUUACGGAAAAGAAACCUACAGACUGAGACGCCGUAGCAGCCAAAGACGCGUUGAUAAGAGGGAGACCAGAAACUGCCACAGCAUCCGGCACUUCGAGAACACGUUUGUUGUGGAGACGAAGAUUUGUGACCGACUCCUGCUGUAGUUUCCCUUCCUUCUACUCAACACUACUGAGCAAAACCCAAAACCGACCCUUCCCCAUCUGUCCAGCUUAACAGCACUUUAUCAGCAUGAUAAACCUGUACAUUAUGUUAGAUAAUGCCAUAUUUGUGUGUUUGAUUCAAUUUUUCCAAGGAUUUCAUCCAAGUAUGUAGGUUUUUUUUUUUUUUUUUUUUUUUUUUUUUUUUUUUUUUUUUUUUUUUGUCUAUUUUGUCUUUGUCUUGACAUUUUCAUAUUCUAAAGCACAUUGUCUAGUUUGUGGUUUUAUUUCACUCUCAGGUUAUUUAUGUAUUUUAUUUUUUCAUUGGGGAAGUUUCCUCAAAUAUAACUGUGAGACUAGUCUCAGAUGUCUGGCAUGCACUGACAAGUAAUUUGCAUUUCUGAGGGUUUUUUUGUUUCCCUGUAAAGCCGCGGUUCGUGUAGACUGAUGGUUUUUGUGGUUUGAUUUGUUAAAAAAUGUUGUUCAUUUCUUUCCGUGUUAGCUAUGAAAUCCAGUAUUUGAAAAUUGUCUUCAAUGCCAAAAGAUGUAUACCUCAUAUUUUAGAAAUGUAUGACUUUAAGCCUGUUAUUUAAGUCAUGGCGUGAGUUUUUGAACGUGAUAUAAGCAAUAUAAGUUUUCUUAUCUUGGAUUUCCUAACUUGACAUCUGUUUGUUUGUAGUAAUGUUGGUUAUCUGAGCAGUUUAUCAUGUUCAAAUACUCUGUGUUGCUCUUUCAUACAUGUGAAUAAAGUUUGUAGAAAAAUGUGAAAAACUAGCCAGCGGAUGUUGGUUUGAAAUGUUUCGUUAUCUCUAAAUACAGUGUGUAUGCAUUGAUAAGAACGGGCUGUUCUUUAAUUAAAAUGAAGCUGAAUUUUCUGCACAUAUGUGCAGAAAUCUUUUCUCUGCUGUUCCUAUUCUUUUUUUAAAUGGUGGAAUCAUUUCAUAUCGCUUGCACUUUUUCUAAUUGUACCAUUUAUAUGUAUUUGUUCCUCUUCCACAUACUGGUGUAGCAACAAUUGGUUUUAUCUGGAAUAAAUGAGGCGUUUGAUUUGAUGCACUCUAUUCUGCUGCUUUGUAAAUAAUAAUCGCUUGUAAAAUCUGUCAAUAAACUGCUGAAACCCUA